AUGGGCCCCUGUACCGCCUCCUCAUGCUGCUGCCAGGCCCGUAAUCUGCCAUGGGCCCCCGUACCGACUCCUCAUGCUGCUGCCAGGCCCGUAAUCUGUCAUGGGCCCCUGUACCGCCUCCUCAUGCUGCUGCCAGGUCCAGAGUGUGUCAUGGGUCCCUGUACGGCCUCCCAUUGCUGCUGUCUCCAUCGCCACACUCUGCCAUGUGCCACUUUCAGGUCUCCUCACACUGCUGGUGGGUUCCAUUUUGUCAUAGGGUGCUGUAUGGCCUCCCAUUGCUGCUGCCUCCACCGCCACACUGUGGCUCCACACUCUGGUUUUGGCCCCGUGACUGCCCAAAUGAGUGAAGUGUGCGGUGAUUCUAAGAUCGACGGCACUCAUCUGCAUGUCAUACUGACUGACAGUAUUAUUUCUCUUUCCCCAGCAGACUCCAAGGGCAUUUAAAUUAAAGGUACAGUGUUCUGCACUAAUAUAA